AUGGAAGAAUACGACGACGAUGAUUUCAGCGACCUCUAUGCUGACGUCGAGGUGCAGGCGAUCUCGGCCAUGAGUGCUCUGAAUCGAUUGAUGGAAGUGCCGCCGGACGGUGACAGAAUUCCCGACAAAUACAAUGCCACCGGAGGAGAUGGCAGGGAAGAUGAUGUGUUCAGUGGAGCUGUAAUAGCCACCAAAAACGGUGCGUUUUACAAGUGUGCCGACGAAGGUGAAGACGAGGGAAAUGGUUUGACGAAAUCGCCCAUGGAGAAUGGUGAUUUUCAUGGGGAUAAGAGAAGCUUUGAUGGCAGUUGUGGUAAUACACGGAGUAAUUUUGAGUUUCCUGCUGUAAAUAUGAGGAAAUGCAAUGGUUGGGACGAGGAAGAAGACCCGAAUGGUUCGCGGAGAAUGAAUUUGAAAAAUGAUCCGUUAGCUUUGAAGAAGAGGAGAGUUCUUGACGAAAUGGCCCCUGGAGCAUACAAAAAUGGGGAUGAUAACAUGGCCAGUGACGAAGAUCUUUGUGUUGGAAGAGGAGGUGGCAAAAUCGCAUCCGAAAGGGACUGCAGUCAUGCCUACGCACACGAUACCCAGUGUGAAGUGUCUGAAUGUAGUUCAGACGGCACACAUGAGGAUCCAGAAACUUCUAAUGACACAAAUAGAAGAACUUCGAGCAGCUUGUUUAGUAGUGAACCAUCGGCAACGGAGGCAGAAUCAAAAUCGACCCAAAGCGAAUGGAGUCAGGAUGUCCAAAGUUCAAUUCGUUCUCGUAGUCCGUGUGCUUCACUUAGCGACAACAGUUAUACUGACAACAGCUGUAAGGAGUCGAAAAACCGUGUUUGUCCCGUGAAAGAGUCUAAAAGACAACAUGCAAAACCAAGUAUUGGAGCUGGUAGGGAUUGUAAGAGACUCAGGAGUAUUAUCAUGAAAGGUUCAGACGAGCAGAAAAACUUUGAUGAUAGGUCUGGUCAGAAGACCUAUAACAGACGUAUAAGCCGUGGAGAACAGGGGCCCAAGCUCAAUCUUUGCUCUAAAGGGAAGGAUAUGUUUUACUGCUAUCGCUCGGGGAGUUCUGUCAGUUACUCCAAUGGAUUUUACUCUCGUGGUCACUCCGUGUACUUGGAAAAUGGAGGUCAGAACAUUCAUUCAAGUUUUAAAUACGGAGCGGGCUGGCGUGAUAGCCGUGACAUGAGUGAAAGUCGCAAUAUUCCUAAUAGAAGUUAUAAGAUGGAGUAUGAAGCUUUGAAAGACGACUGGUAUCAUGAUAAAAGAAGACAUGUGCGUGGAAAUAUUGAGCAUUCACAGAUCGCAAUGCCAAAGUACUCAUCUGCAGCUGGUAUGAGAGAUAAUCAAUUCAGUAAUAGAUAUUCCAUGCACUUUGGAAGGAAGUCGGAAGGAAAAUAUGACAGUAGGUUCAUUGAAGGAAAAAAUGGAAGAUAUGUAUCAAGUGGUGAAAGAAAUAGAGAUCAGCCAAGUCUUAGGUAUGCCCGAGACAUGGCAAAUAAUGGAAGAGGAAGGGAGAUUUCUGAAAGAGGCAAGAGAAAACACGAUUGUUCUCUUGAUAGUUCAUACAAGUCACGGUAUAUGAAGACAACUCUGGAUAAUGACAGGAGAUAUAUCAAGCAUAGGCCUCUGACCUUUUAUUCUAAUAAGGAACCUUGUGCUCCUGACAGGGAGAAACAUCAGAGAUUCGAUGAGAGACAAAACCAGCUAUUUACCAACAGUUACGCCAUGAAAAGAAAUAUGAAGCCUCAUGAUGGUCGGGAUAAUAAUUUUAUGGAAAGGUACCAUCAACGAAAAGUAUUGCAUUCGAACUUUAAUGUGUAUAACUCAAGGCAUGUGGAUGCCACCAAGUUGCACUCUGAGGGGCUAUCAUAUCAUUCUGGAAGAUAUUCAUGGGAUAACAUGAGUGGUGAUAAGCAUGCAUUUGGUGAUGUUUCAGAACUUAUUGAUGAAAGAGAAGUGGGUAGACAUAGAAUAAAUUUGAUGGGUGAUCAUAGCAGUCAAUUUGACGGAUCACGUUCUGUGCAGAUGCACCAGGGGUACCUGGAUUCUGUUGACUUUCGUUUGGUCGCUGAGGGCAAAAAGAUUACGUCUGAAGCUGGAGAUCAUAAAAUUCAUGGCAGACAUAAUCUCAGGGAAUGGAAUUACAACCGGAGGCCAACCAAUUUCAAAGGCUCGGAUGGUUUUAAGCCAGAGAAUACUGUUUCAGAAGACUCUCACAAGGCACAUCACGCCAUGAACCAGAAGGGUGAAUUUCUGGAUAUUGAGGAAGGGCAGAUAAUUACAGAAGAAAAUUAUGGGAAUGGCCCCGUAAAAUGUGACAUUGCUUCUAAAGAUGUGGCUUCAAAUGGUGAUGGAGUUGUGAAGGAACUUGGUGAUGAUAAAAUUUUGGAGAUCAUUGCAAAGAUGGAAAAGCGUAGAGAGCGGUUUAAAGAGCCAAUUAUCUCAGGCAAGGAUGCUGAGAAGAUUUGCAGCCCGUUGUUUGAUUUGGACAUUGAAAGUGCCGAUAAGGGUAAAUUAGAAAGACCAGCUAGAAAAAGGCGGUGGGUUUGA